AAACCCAAUUGGCCGACGCGAUUUUUACAUAUUUUGCGAAAAAAGGUAAAAGAGAGAGGAAAAAGCGCCGACUAAUAAUAGCACUUUAAACACCCGCUGCCUCGUGUGUAUAUAUAUAUGUGUGUAUACAUAAAUAUACGUAUUUAUAAUUUUUCUGCAGCCCUUCUCCCCCAAUUUCCCUUCUUCCCCAUUUCAAUUUUCAAUUUUUCUUUUUAAUUUUUUCUAAUUCUCGAUGGCUUCACCCUCUCAAGCUAGCCUCCUCCUUCAGAAACAGCUGAAAGAUCUGUGCAAAAACCCCGUGGACGGAUUUUCCGCCGGAUUAUUGGACGAGACCAAUCUGUUUGAAUGGAGUGUUACGAUUAUUGGGCCUCCCGAUACCCUGUAUGAGGGAGGUUUCUUCAAUGCUAUAAUGAGCUUCCCAUCAGAUUACCCGAACAGUCCUCCAACAGUAAGAUUUACCUCAGAAGUCUGGCAUCCCAAUGUUUACGCUGACGGAAAGGUUUGCAUUUCCAUUCUUCAUCCUCCUGGCGAUGAUCCGAACGGCUAUGAGCUUGCUAGUGAGCGAUGGUCACCUGUCCACACGGUGGAGAGCAUAGUUCUUAGCAUCAUAUCAAUGCUUUCAAGCCCUAAUGACGAGUCUCCUGCUAACGUUGAAGCUGCUAAGGAAUGGAGAGAACGGAGGGAUGAUUUCAAGAAGAAAGUUAGUCGUUGCGUAAGACGAUCUCAAGAAAUGCUUUAAGCGAAAAUCCCAAAUGCUGCUUCAUGCUACUUCCUGAAACAAAACAAAAAAUUGAAAAAAAUGGUGUCAACUGAAGAAUGGGGAUUCCUUUCUUUCACCGACUUGUGCAAACCAUUCGAUUUCAUUACGACCAUACGCUAUCAUCUCUUAAUGGCUUUUUGUGUUUUGGCCUAUUCGAUUCAAGUUUGUUCAAGUAGAACCCAUUCACAGUUGCACAUGGAAUUCUAUGGGAAAUGUUUUUGACUUCUGGCGGUCAUCCAGUAUUGGCUGGUCGUAAGACUCUGUAAUUAUCGACGGCUACUUUUCUCUGCA